AUGGAAGGGGUCCAACCCCUGGACGGGAAUGUGGGAAACACGCCAGGGCGGAGAUUCUUGAGGAACAAGCUAUUACUGGUGGCCUCCGUAAUUCAGGGGCUGGGGCUGCUCCUGUGUCUCACUUACAUCUGUCUGCACUUCUAUGCUCAGGUGCCAGCUGAGUACCCUCCAAUUCAAAGUAUCAGAGUACAGUUUACCAAGUGUGAAAAUGAGAAUGGUUUCACCAUUGCAUCCUCAAACAAGGAUGGGACCAUGAAGGUGCAAAACAACUCAAUCAUCAUCAGCUGUGACGGCUUCUAUCUCAUCUCCCUGAAGGGCUACUUCUCUCAGGAGCUCAGCCUCAGCCUUCAGUACCGGAAGGGUCGGGAACCCCUCUUCUCCCUAAGCAAGGUCAGAACUGUCGACUUCGUCACAGUGGCCCAUCUGGCUUUCAAGGACAUAGUCUACUUGAAUGUGAGCACUCACAGUACCACCUGUGAAGACAUCCAGGUGAAUGGUGGGGAACUGACUCUCAUUCAUCAAAAUCCCGGUGGAUUCUGUGCUUAAUAGGACCUGAUGGCUGCAUCUGAGCCAGACACCAGCAUGAAUGCUGAACUGGGCAUGGAGAGGACACUGAGUCUUCCUUGGGAGUGGGAGUCAUCCCAGCUCAGCCCUCAUACAUGGCCACAUGGGAUGUGACCAGAGCAGAUCACCCCUUCCCCACUCAGGGAUAUUUAAAACAUUUUACAUAGCAGUUAACUUUACGUAUUUAUCCUCAUAGCUCCUAAAUCACCUAGCCCUCAUCCCUCAUGAUUGCCUCAAGCCUAAUAGGCAUCUCUGAGAGAAUGAGAAAAAUAGGUACCUCUUCCUCAAGACGCAUUGUUUCUGUUGGUUAGGAAAUUAUCAUAGUAAACUUUCUUUAUCAGAAAAGACACUUGACUACCAUUUGCUGGAUAUGUGACAUAUGGCAUUGUCAAAAUGAAGAGGACCAAAGAGGCGGGUUAUGAAUCUGCCAGAAGUGGUGUGGACAGACUCCUGGCAGCCAGAGGUGCCUCUCCAAGAUGAACUUGGUUGCAGUUUGCAUAUUGCCUAAAUACCUCUCUCAUGUGGCGGAGUUCAGAAGGAAGAUCAGCUUGCGAACAGCUGUCAGGACUCGAUGAAGAUAGCCGGCUAAGGAGUACUCCGUGCUCUGGGCUUCUUCCUUCUCGCUCACACUUUUUUUUUUUUGCUUUCCCAGCCACCAAAAUGUUUUUAAUAGAAAUUUUCCUUCAAAGAGCCAUCUUGGGGAUGUGAUGCUGUGAAAAAUCUAAUCAGUGAUUUAAGGAAAACUGAGAGAGAUUUUUUCUAAACUGGGAGAGGGAGAUAAUUUAUUGUGAAGGUUGUCUUUAUCACACUGGAGAGCAGUGAAGCUGGAUCUCUCAGAGCAACAGUCAGUGGGAAUUCAGUCUGGGGAGGAAAUCACGUUCUUGGUCACCGAUAGGCAAAGUGACACAUGUCCAUCCUCCUGCUUGUGCUGAGAUGAUACUCAGCCCCAUGCCUUAUACACAUGUGCCAUCUUGCCAGUUUCAAAAAAUGAAGCGAUUCUGUUAUCAACUGCAACUUUACGUCAAGAGACAUUGAGAAGUUAUAACGUCUUAUAAAAAAUAAUGAUCUCUGUCUAGAAACACCGUAACAUUACAUAUGAUCUCACAUUGAUAAUUGAGACUAGGACCAAUAAUCAGCCAGUACCAAGGUUUGCAACGAAAUAAGAUCACCUUGUGUUUGGUUUAAAUAUCCCUCUUUAAUAUAUCAAGCUUUUGGCAUUGUGGACAGAUGUACUUUUCCUUAAGUCAGUUUCCAGAUGAUUUGCAAGUUUUCUGACAAAACUUUUAUAAAUUUAAAUUUUUGAUAAAAACUCUUUUGAAUGGUAGCAAUGUUUCCUUGCAAUUUUGGAGUGCAUGAUGGACCACAGAAUCUUUCUGGAUGAUUCUGUGUCAUCAUAGUAAUUAUACUGUGCUACAAUAUGGUAUCUUCAGGAUCUCCAGAAAGGUGGAAGGCAGUUUGCCCCUACACUAUAUGGGUCGUAAUUACAUUUGGAGGUUUUUUUUAAUCUGUUUGACACAAUUUGCCAUCUCCUCUUGUCUAUUUCCAACUAUAUUCCCAUCCUUUUUUAAAUAUUACACAGAGGCUAAGUAAAAAUGCUAAAUAAAAAGAAGCUAAGUAAAAGAAACUGUGCAUGAGGUAAGAGUAACCAAGCUCUGAGUGGCUUCCCAGGCACUCAUGUAAUUGUAGUCAUAAUCAUAGGUAAACAUCUAUGGAGGGCCUACUGUAGACCAAGCAAUGGACUAGAUGCUUUACAUGGAUUGCUCUGAGCAAGAUAUUCUGUGCCAUCCGUCUUGACUACUCAGGAUUUAAAUGUGUGUGUGUAUGUGUAUACUUCGUUGUUAUGGACCGUGUUCUGCAAAGUCAAAGUUAUUUAGUGAGUAAUAUCUAAUAAGUAAGUGUUGAUGACUAUAGAUAAUAUUUAAGAAAAUCUUAUGUUUACUUUAUGUAAGUUUGGAAUUUCUGACUAUAUUUCUCCUGGAUGUACACCUUUUAGGCCUAAGCUUAAUUGUUCUGUGAGUUGGUUGUCUUUGGUGUCAUGGCCCCUGCGCACAGGUGCCCACUCCCUUUGGGUACACAUGGUCUGCUCUUCCCACGCUGGCCUCCUUCAUCCACAGAGGGGCAUUAGUGACACCCACCAGGCCCACUCCCUGACCUUCUACCAUCAAAAUAUGUGUGUUCCCUUAAAGUCAUUCCUUCAAAGGCAUAAUUGACCUUUCUCUGGACACAGCAGAGUUUUGUGGAAAUGAGAAGUCAGGAGAUCAGAAUUCAGAUUUUGAUUCAGUCACUAACUAGCCAAGGGACCUUAGCUAGUAAUUUCCCAUUUUUCCACCUUGUUUUUUUUCCCUCUCUUGUUUUAGAAUCUUAUGCUCAUAGUUGUAACUGUGAAUGUACAUACUGAAUAUCUAUGUACUGGUUGCUAUGAGUCAAAUAUAUCAACUUCUCUUUUACUGUAUGGAUUUUUUUUUUUUCUUGGACAAGGUAACUACAACCCUCAGCCUUUUUGGUGAUUCCUUUGAGAGCAGUUACCAAUUGUUACUUAGUAACUUUCUGUUUAGGAAAUGGCUUAGGGGAUUCCAGUCUUGAUCCAAAUUAUAAUUUGUUUU